AGAUAUAGGUACAGCUUGGCAAAAAAGAGUCUGACGCGGUGACAGUUGGAACUAAAAAUCGAUGAUUGUGGCAACAUUGCUUCACUUGUCAACUGCUAGUACAUUCUGUGUCAACCAGUGUCAACAGAGUGCGUUUAUUCCUAAUUAUUUUAAAAAAAUAACAACUUUCAUUGCAUAUUAAACGAUUUAAAAUGAAUAAAACUAUUCGUAGUAGUGGCAGAGUAGUGAUUUAUCACGUCUUUUUGCGGUGUUUGGCCGAAUCUCAAGCGGGACAAGUUUUGUCCGAUAUCGAGGAUGUUUAUCAAAGAACUGCUGAUAUGACAGGUAAAUCUGUCAACACAGUAAGAAAAAUUGUUGAGGAAGGUGAAAAAAAUAAUGGCAUUUUUUCAACACCGGGAAAAAAUCGCAAAGGUCGCCCGAAGAAAGAUUUAGAUAAUUUCGAUUUAUGUGCAAUUAGACAAAAGGUUCACUUCUUUUACUCAGUGAAAAAGCAGGUGCCUACACUGAGAAAUUUACUGCGGGUAGUGAGAGAGGACUUGGGUUAUGAUGGAAGCCGUGAACAUCUCAGAAAGAUAUUACACUCUCUGGGUUUUUCAUAUAAGAAAUGUAAAACAGACAGAUCUGCUCUAAUAGAGAAACCAAACAUAGCAGCAAAGCGGGAGCAAUAUUUGAAAAUUAUUAUGGAGAACAGAAACCUGCCUCUAGAACUACAAAAAGAAAUAAUAUAUUUAGAUGAAAGCUAUAUUCAUUCAUCAUACAAGCUAAAAAAAUGUUGGCAAUCAGUUGAUGUCAGCGGAGUGAAACACAACAUAUCAAAAGGCAAGAGAUAUAUAAUCGUACAUGCGGGGAGUGAGAAAGGAUUUGUUCCAAAUGCCCUUUUGAUUUUCAGUGGCACAAACAAAAAUGAUGACUAUCACUCAGAAAUGAAUAAAUAUAACUUUACAAAAUGGGUCACUGAAAAAUUAAUCCCCAACCUAAGGGAACCUUCCAUCAUUGUGAUGGACAAUGCUCCAUACCAUUCGGUUGUCUUGAACAAGGCACCAACUAGUGGUUCAAAGGUUGCUGAGAUAAAGUUAUGGUUAUUAGAAAACAAUAUAACUUUUGAGGACUCUCUCCGUAAACCUCAAUUAUUAAUGCUUGUGAAGCAGCAUAAACCAGAGCCUAUUUAUGAAAUUGACCAUAUUUUAGGAGAUCAUGGUCACACUGUGGUACGCCUUCCACCUUAUCACUGUGACCUGAAUCCUAUAGAGUUGAUAUGGGGAAUUGCAAAGCAUAAAAUUGCUUCGGUCAAUGUUGGAUCCACUGAUAUAAAGGUAUGUAGCCUAGUUUCAUCAUUCAUUCCCCUGCCCUUAUCCCAAUUUCAUUUGGGGUCGGCGCAGCAUGUCUUUUUCUUCCACACAUUCCUAUGCAUAAUUAUUUAAUAUUGCAAUGUAAGAACGAUUGUUAAUGAUUAUUUCUUUUUUAAAGGUGGCUGCUGAACAAGCAUUUUCAGACAUUACUGCCGAAGACUGGAAGAACUCAUGCAAGCAUGUAAUGAAAAUAGAAAAAUAAUAUUAUGACAGAGGUGCCAUUAUGUACGAACAGAUGGAACAACUAGUUAUAAAUCUAAGA